AUGAGUGAAUCUGCAGAAGAAGAAGAGGCAUACGUAGUUGAGGCGAUUUUGGAUCACAGAAAAGUGAGAGGGAAGAAAGAAUAUCUGAUCAAGUGGCUGGGAUACGACAAUAAAGAUGAUAACACAUGGGAGCCAGUAGAAAAUUGUGUAAGUGCUUUCUAUUUUGUUGAAGUUUAGAUUCUUCCGCAUCUUUUGACAGUAAAAAUGACAUGGUUUCUUGAAUUAUGGAGACGCACGAUGUUGUUUUAGAGGAAAAGACGGUGUUGAUAGCUAAAACAAUAUCGGCUUAUCUCGUUGUUCUUAGAUCGGGUUCAUGCUUAAAAUGUAGCUGUAGUAUGAACUUGUACGGUAUCUGAAAGUUGAUUUGAUCUUAAAUUAUCACUAAGUUUUGAUUUAUGGCUUUUUUGAGUUUGUACUGCUGAUAAUUACCCGUUUGUUCUAAAACAUUAUUUUUUCCUUGGCAAAAUGAAAUUGAAUGUAAAUUUUAGGAUUGCCCGGAGUUAAUAGAAGCUUACGAAGCAAAGCAAGCCGAAAAGAAGGAAAAGAAGGGCAAGCUUGCAUCUAAAAAACGAGAGUCUUCUCAUCGUGUCAAAGAAUCGCCUCCUGUAAGUAAAGUUUCUUCAGUUUUCGAUGAGUUUUAGGAAUUUUUAAAAAAUUUUCUAUUGUGUUUGAAUGGCAUAGGUUUGAGAAUCAUAUUUUUAUAGUUUCUAGUGAUUUAUGACAUUAUUUUUUUCCAGAAGAAGACAAAGUCUCGAGCUAUUGUUGUGGAUUCAGAUGACGAUGAGGAAAUUACAGUACAUCGAGAAAAGGAGUCUUCAAUAGCGUCUAAAGCUUCUCGAAAGUCUUUUGUAAGUUUUUCUUUUGCUUUUCAUUGUUUUAGGUAAUAGUAUGAUUGAAUAUAACGACAAAACUAUGUUUUAGUCCUCGCCCAAGAAGCUGACUUCAGAAGAUGUGUCGGAUGAUGCUCCAACUCCGUCGAAACGCUCACGGUCUUCAUCGCAAUUGGAGAGUCCCAAAAAGCCACGAGAAAGUCCAAUGAUAGAUGUGGAGACCAUAGAACCGCCUUUCAAGAUCGUUGUUAAGCCGAAUUAUCGAGUGGAGGAAGAGGAAGCCAAAGCCAUUUGUGGACUGGUUUCGGAGAAGGAUUUGUGGAUUUUGGUUGCAUUUCAGGACUUGAGUCAUCUCGAAGCUAAGGAUCUGGAGCCGACACCAUACGAUGUGUGCCGGACUCACUGCCCUUUGGUGAGUUUAGGCUUUACAUGGGUAAUAUGAGGGUUUUUUGCUGUAAUUUGAAGGUUCAGGUAUUAAAGUUGAAAAGCCAUUUUUAAAGUUUUUUGGUGAAUAAGUGUAUGGAAAGAUAUAUUUUUGGUUCAUUAUCGGUCAAAAAGUUUAUAGAAAGUAGAUUUUUAAAAUAUAACUCACCUCAUUUUAGCUUCUCCUGGACUACUGGAAGUCGCGCGUUGCAUUUGUGGACCCAUAA